AUUUGAUAUAUAAAUAUUGAAAAAUAUUAGCUCCCACCUAAUAUGGAUCUUAACUUUAAAGCUCAACAUGAGGAUUUCUACCAUGGUGGGUGGACACCCGAAAUGGAUAGCAUAAUACUCAGUAGUAUUCUGAGAGAGAAGCAAGCGCAUAAUUUUGUGGGCACCGUCAUCCCGGUGGAGUUCUUGUACGAGGCUGAGGCAACUCUUGAAGAGGAUAUUGGUGUGCAAGUCAAUAGGGACGACAUCUACAAUCGUUUGCUAUUUCUGGAACGUCAUUAUCGGGCCUUCAAAGGACUUGUUGAGCAUGCAGGUACAAGGCUGACUAAUUUCUUGGAGCAUGCACUAUUCAUGGCGAACCUGAAUACAAACAAAUGCGAAUGAUGUUUGGGGGUGAAGGUUUAAAGCUAAAAAAUAAUGGAGAGGUCAUCACCAUUUCCGACACCACUUUAGAAGCAGAAUUUGAUGACACAACCCGUUUGGGUAAAGCACACGUCCGUGGGCAAUCUUCUUCAGCAGCUGGUAAACAAAAGGGUAAGAAGAAUCCACACAUGCUUUUCGGCGGUGUCGGAAACGCCUUUGACCGCGAAUCUAUGAAUGGUAAAGGAACAACUAGAUCAUCAUCUACUUCUUGUGCUUCAUCUAGCCCGAAUGCACCUUGGCAUCUUCCGUAUGAAUGAAAUCAAUUUCCAACAUGCAACUUUCCAAAUGUAAUAUUAGGAUAUCCAUUUGGAUAAUAAGUCACCUACCUGUGACAUGCUAGUUUCUUCUGCAUAUGUGUGUAAUGUGGAUGUUGUAAGAUAUGUACUCAUGUUUGAAUGUAAGAUUUCUGGACUCAUGAACCUCUAAAAGUAGAAUGUAAGCAAUUCCAAUAUAAUGGUUAUUUUUAGUGCUUCUUAUAUCUUUGUAACUUAUUAUCAUUUCUGCUCCUGUGUUUUCUCCUGCAGUAACUUGAGUUGAAUUCACCUAA